AUGACAAGCAUGCGUGAACGUAGGCCUCCAGAUCGUUUGGCGUAUUUCGAUACAUGUGCUGCUUUUGCUUUAAAUGCGGAAAGUUUUGUGGAAGAGAUACCGCAACAAAUUGAAGAGCUGCAGAAACGCGACGAUUGGCUGUUAUGGAAAGCUGCUAUAGACGAAGAAAUGUGUUCAUUGGAGAAAAACAAUACCUGGGAUCUCGUAGAUUUUCCAGCAAAUAAAAGAAUAGUUCCGUGUAAGUGGGUGUUCAAAAUUAAAGCAGGUGAUGCAGUUCCCAAGUAUAAAGCACGAUUGGUAGCGAAGGGGUGUUCUCAACGUUACGGUUUCGACUAUCAAGAAACUUACGCACCAGUUGUGCGUAUGACUACUGUUCGGAUACUGCUGCCAGUAGCGUUGCAACAAAAUCUUCAUCUACACCAAACGGAUGUGUGUACUGCUUUUCUCAAUGGCGAGCUUACAGGAACAGUCUACAUGCGGCAGCCACCAGGAUUUGAGAAGGGGAAUAAGUCAAAUCUGACUUAUCCAUUAACCAGACGUGUUGCUUUUAAGGACAUAUCAAACCAUUUUAGCAUUCAUAAACGAAGACGGCAAGAUUUAACAAGAAGCAGCUUUGACUCAUUUAUCAAUGGACAGUGGGACGAAGAACCAUCUUUCCAGCGUGUACAAGCAUCUACUCCGUUAAUUCCUUUUGCUCUGGACUUUUCACUAGAUGGAAAUUCCAGUGAUGAUAAGCCGUUGGAUUUAAAAGUUGUAAAAUCACCCACAAUCAAAUUACCCGAUCAAAAUCCAAACCCAAUAGUGAUUGAUUUGAGAAAGCAGAAUACUGCGAGCCGCAGUACAAAAGAUAUUAGAAAUGCUACAAGUGUCCCGAUUCACACUGUAGGUUCAAACGAUUUUAACUAUGAAGGAGAUUAUACAGAUGAUGAAAAUGAUCCAGCCUGGUUGCCUGACGGUGAUGCUACAUUGUUAAAUGAAUUUUAAAUCUACGAUGAAAAAUUCAAGAAUGAUAAUUUAUCUGAUGUGGAUACACAAAUAUUUGAUGAGGAAGUUGAAGAUACAAUGCGUGAUGAUCUAACAACAAAAGAUAAACAGCUACCAAAGGAGAGUAAAUCUAGUUUGCGGACGAAGAACAAAAAACUUAAAAUAAAGGGGCUUCAGUAUACAAAAGGUGAUGGAACUGUUGUUCGAGCAAGGCGAGUACAACUACCCUGUAGUUGUAGAAUGCGGUGCUAUGAAAAAUUCUCUGAAACCGUUCGUAAGAGUUUAUUAGGUGGCCUUCUAGAACUAACUCAAUCGGGACAAAACCAAUUUCUAUCAAAUCACAUAGAUGUAAUCCAGACGAUCCGACCAAAGGUUCUUAUCUCACGGCGUAGUUGGUCCAGGAUCUAUAAGCUACCAGUUGUGGGAGGCGCAGUAAAAGUUUGCAAGCAUAUGUUUUUGUCUACGUUUGACCUUAAAGAACGUAAAGUUCGUGUUCUGGCCGAUAAGCUAAUUCUUGGUAGAGGAAUUGCUAAAGAUGAUAUGCGGAAGGACAAUCACACGAGAAAACAAAUCGACCCUGAACAUGCUGAUUACAUUAUUGAGCAUAUUAAGUCAUUUCCAACCGAAGAAAGUCAUUACAGCCGCGAAAAGUCAUCAUGUCUGUAUUUAUCUUCCGAUUUAAAGAUUAAUCGGAUGUACGAACUUUAUCGAAACCUGUGUGACCAAAAAAACAUUAUCCCAGUUCAUUAUAACACAUAUAGAAUUGCCUUUAACUCCUUGAAUAUUAAGUUUCGGAAGCCUAAAAUUGAUACCUGCAACACCUGCGAUAUGUUCAAAGUGGAGUUGCAAAUAGAGAAGGACAACAUGAAACGAGCAGAAAUAGUUACUCGUAAGAAUGCGCAUCAAUUAGAGGCUGAACGCAUGUAUCAAGAAAAGAGACAUGAUAGAUCUCUGGCGAAUGCUGAUGUUUCUGUACGCACAAUUUCAUUUGAUUUGCAAAAACAAUUAGCCACUCCCUAUUUAACAUGUGGCCGAUCUUUUUAUUGCCGCCAGCUAUAUACAUACAAUUUAACAAUUUUCGAAACCCAAUCGAGUAAAAAUGUUCCAAUAUGCUACAUAUGGGAUGAGACCCGAGCUAAGCGGGGAUCACGAAAAAUCGGAUCAUGUUUGUGGUCAUAUUUGCGAGGGUUGCCCGCUUGCGUGCACGAAGUUAACAUGUAUAGUGAUCGAUGUGCAGGCCAAAACAACAACAGAACCGUUUUAUUUCUGAUGGCAUACGUUGUCGAAAUCAUGGCUUCUGAAGGCCGGAAGUUUACCCUUCGUCAUAAAUUUAUGACAAGUGGACAUAGCCACAUGGAGUGUGACACAAUACAUGCAGCAAUCGAACGUGCCAAGAAAAAAACGCAAGUCAACAUAGAAACUCCACGAGAUUGGAGUUUGUUAAUCGCUUCAAUUAAACGGAGCACUCCAAUGACUGUUGAAGAAAUGGAGUAAAACCGGUUCCUUGAUUGGUUAGUUCUAAAUGAACGGUAUUCGUUACCUAAAUGUAGCACAGAUAAAACACCAUUCAAAUUCAAAGCAGCAAGAAUUUACUCGUGCUUCACAGAAACGCCUGGAAUUGUUAUGUUCAAGAAUGAUGUAGGCGACACGACUUUCAGUUUUAUAAAUUUGCUAACGGAAAAAUCUGUCCCUCUGGAUAAACUAAAUCUUAAACCAAUACUUUCUUCUCCUAUUCAAUUACCUACUGCGAAAAUAGAAGAUCUUCGAAAAUUAUUGCCAUACGUUACGCAAAAAUGGUACUACGAGGCUUUUCUGAAAACAUUAAAACCUCCCGGCCGAGGAAGAAAAAGAAAAUU